UCGAAAUAGCCUAAAUUAAACAACAUGAAAUACCAUCUCCAGCAACUGGGUGGGGAUGGAGGGACAUCACGACUAUAUAAAUAUAAUGCAGCCAACAUUCAGCUCAUAACGACACACAGAUAACUGCGGAAGACCGGGACCGAGUCUCUGAAUAUCGAAGACAAGCGAUGAAGCCUGGUUGUGUUUCUAAGUUCCUGGUACUAUUUUUUAUCCUCAACAUAUCAAAGUCUAUGGCCAAACAUGACGACGAUCGAGGCUUUAAAGGGGAAGAGGUGAAGGGGACAGCACAUGUGAGCAUCAGCGACUCGGGAAAGAAGAAUGCAAACGACAGAAGUGUGAAUAUCAGCGUCCGAAGUGUGAAUAUCAGCGUCGGAAGUGUGAACAUCAGCGUCAGAAGUGUGACCAUCAGCGUCGGAGAUGGAUCGGUUUUGAAGAGUCCGCUGACCACAGUCUUCCUCCCCAUCGUCUACAUCAUCGUAUUUGUCGUGGGUCUGCCUGCCAACGCUCUGGCCCUCUGGGUGUUUCUAUUCCGGACAAAGAAGAAGAACCCGUCCUCCAUCUUCAUGGCCAACCUGGCGCUGUGUGACCUGCUCUUUGUCAUCUGGAUCCCUCUGAAGAUCGCCUACCACUUAAACGGCAAUAACUGGAUCUACGGUGAGGGUCUGUGCAAGGUCCUGGUGGGGUUCUUCUACGCCAACAUGUACUGCUCCACCGCCUUCAUUGCCUGCAUCAGCAUUCAGCGCUACUGGGGUGUCAUCCAGCCAUUGUCCCGGCAACGAAAGGACAACACUGUGAGCAUGGCCGUCUCUGUGUUGAUCUGGCUGGCGGUCUGGGUCCUAACCACGCCCCUCUUCCUGUACGACCAGACGGUGAGGGUCAGCAACAUGGACAUCGUUACGUGCCAUGACGUCACCCUUCAUAACCAGAGGGAGUUGGCGGCCGGCUACUUCCUGACCAUGGGCAUCCUGGGAUUCAUAGUUCCGGCGGCGGUGUGCGUGGUGGCCUACGUGCUGAUGCUCAAGGCCCUGUGGAGCUCCAUGACAGACGAGGCCAUCGCCAAGAAACGACGCAAGUCGGUGCUGCUGAUCAUCACCGUGCUGGUCAUGUUCCUGGUGUGCUUCAGUCCCAGUAACAUCAUGCUGCUUGUGCACUACGGCCUCCUGCUGGCCCAGAGGACCAACAACGGCUACGGCUUCUACAUCAUCACCCUGUGCCUGGCCAGCCUCAACAGCUGCAUCGACCCCUUCGUCUACUACUUUAUCUCGGAGGACUUCCGCGAACACGUACGAAACACACUCAUCUGCCGCAGCCAGCGCAAGGCAGAGCGCAUGCGCGUGUCCUUCAAUGCACUCAAGAACUCCAAGAAGUCCAAGAAGAGUACAUACAGCUCUGACAGCUCUGGGAAGACCAAGAGCAGCAGCUGCUGACUGUGGGGGGGCAUGUUGGACUUGGCAGGUGCUGCCUCACAACGCGACACACUUUUUAACGUUUUAACAAGAGCUUGUUUCCCUAUGAAUGUGUAUAUUCUGUGAAUUAGAAUUGCUUGUUUUUAUCUGGUCCUUGGUGUUGCUUAGCCUGGCACCGCCCACCCAACUACUUCCGCUCAAUUUUCAUUUAACUUCAGUACUAGGUCUGGGUCUGCUAAAUAUGAACGCGUUCCAUGGAAACCAGAUUUCUGGCGGUCCAAUCAGCGAACAGAGGGAGUGGCUGAGAACGAUGACGUCUAGGUCGCGCG